GACGGCUGAGAUUUUAUGUGCGAAUUCUUCCAAAUCAGGACCGGUGAAUACAUACCGCUCCCCGCUCUUCUUCUGAUUCUCGAAAGCAAUUGACCAAAUCCUCUUUUCUUCCCGCCGAUCAUUCCCGUCUGGACUGCACAUCGCCGUCUCCGAAUUCCUCAAAGAUGGACUGGCAAGGGCAAAAGCUAGCGGAGCAGUUGAUGCAGAUUAUGUUGGUUGCAUUUGCCGUGGUUGCCUUUUUGACUGGCUAUGUUAUGGGAUCAUUUAGGAUGAUGAUCUUGGUUUACGCUGGCGGUGUGUUUCUCACCACAUUAAUCACUGUUCCGAAUUGGCCUUUCUUCAAUCGCCACCCGCUCAAGUGGUUGGAUCCUAGUUUGGCUGAAAAAUACCCUAAGCCGCAACCGCAGGAGCCUGUGGUUUCGAAGAAGAAACCUGCUAAGAAGUAGAUUAUGUGGCUUGGCACCGAUCUGAGUAAACUGGAAUUUGUAAGCCUUUUAUAUGUUUCUUUAGGCUUCAGAGUGAAAGCUGUUUUUUCUGUUGUGUAAGGUUGGAUUUGGUUUAUUUGUCUUAGCGUGAGAUUAGAGACUAGAGUCUUAUGCCAAAAACUCCCCAGCUGCAGAACCGAACCGAAGCGAUUAUUUCUAGAGGAAUGGAAGAUAAUAAUCCAGUGUAUAAUAAAAUUAUAAAUAUCACAAUAUUUAUAAUUACAGUUUUUUUCAAUGUUUUUAUAUAUGAUUAUAUUUUGAUUA